AUGGGAUCUGAUUUCAUUGGGAGUAUUGUCUCUCUGGACUGUGGUGAUACUCUGGGAACUUACCAGGGUCAGUUGAAGUCUGUCAAUAAUAGAGCACAAACACUCACUAUUUUCAAAGCUUACAGAAAUGGACUGAAGUGUGAAGUACAGAAUAUUACACUAAAUGCUUCAGAUAUCAAAGAGCUUAAAAUUCUGCAGUCACCUACUGAGGCUGUAGCUAUCGUAUCAAAGGAAGCCACACCUUCUAAACUUUCCCCUGAAAACAGUGAUGGAGAGGCAUGUCCAUCUCCAGUCAAAGUGUGCGAGCUUCCAUACGCCAAUGGACACAGUGGUCAAAAUGGCUACACUCAGCGGCCUGGUUCAGCCAGGGAUGUUAAUAGUAAUUGUUAUAAAAACUACAGUAGUGGUGAUAGAUAUAGCCCCAGGUACUCGCAGCAAACCAAUGGGGCUAGUCAGAGACACUCACCAAGUGUGCUUGCUAAUAAUGGGUAUGCUAGUACAAAUGGACAAACAGGGGGACACAGGUACACUCCAACUAAUGAAUAUAAAAAUGUGCGUUUUACACCCACUAAGGAAGAUUCCCAGAUGAGGCCAAGAAGGAAUUCUGCUUCAGAUGUUCGCAAAAAAUCUACCACACCUAAGAAAAUUGAGUUCCGCAACAACAGAAAGCAAGGGAUGUCAAGAGAAGAUUGUUUUAGCUGUCCAAAUGAUUCCGUGCUGCAAGAGUUUGACUUUGAGUCAAAUCUGGCCCUGUUUGAUAAGAAGGCUGUGUUUAAAGAGAUUGAGAACACCCAGCCAAGGGCUGUGAACCCAUCUGAACCCAAGAAGCCACUUAAAUAUAGAUGUGAUGAGAAUGUUCUUGCAUCAGAACCAGUAGUGCUACAACAGAUUAAAGUGCCCAUGGGUCACAGUAAUGGCAAACAGUUUGUUACUGAUGAUGGCUUGGUGGUACCUAGUAUCUCAUAUGAGUUGAGAAGUCGUCUUUUUGCGACGGCAGAGAAAUAUGGAUUUAAGACAGACCGCCAGGUAGAGAUGGUAGGACGGUCUGCCAGUGAGAUGGUUCUUCAGUUGCUCGGCGGAUCAAACAGGUUAAACCCUAAGAAUGGUCACCAGUUGCCAACUGUAGUAGUGUUGUGUGGCCCCCACAUCCAGGGUGCCCAAGGAGUUAGCUGUGCCCGUCAGUUGUCCAAUCACAAUGUCAAGGUACAUCUAUUUGUACCCAGCUGUGUCCAGAUGAUCCGUGCCAUGGAGGAUGAGUUGUCACUCUUUGCCUUGUGUGAUGCUGUAAGGACUUCUAGUCCUACAGAUCUUCCAGUUGGUUCUGUAGACAUGAUAAUCAAUGCCAUGGAUAGCCAUGAACAAACCAGCCUGCGGGAUCAGGCAUGGUACAAAUUACUGGAAUGUUGGGUGGGACAGAAUAGGGCCCCAGUGCUGGCAUUGGACCCACCUGUCAACUGUGGCACCGUUGCCUUUAAGUGGUGUCUUAGUAUUUCUCUCCCUCUUCCUCUCCUUGGAAACUGUGCUCAUGUCUACCUCUGUGACCUUGGAUUUCCCAAGAAAGUCUUCAGUGAAGUUGGUAUUCGAUACAUCUCGCCAUUCAGUCACAAGUUUGUCAUCCCUCUGCACUUCAGGCCAUAA